AUGCGUAAGUUGUUUGAGUUCUGUCUCCUGCCGGCUCUGGAUGAACACUCCCCUGCUCUGAAUAUUGCUCAAGGUGGCUUCCGUCCUCAACGUAGUCCUUUGGAUCAAGCCCUCUGCUUACAUGACUUGAUGCAUGAUUACUUUCUGACUCACCGUCGCUAUCCUGUGGUGGCUUUCUUGGAUAUCAAGUCAGCUUAUGAUACUGUCGAUCGUAGGGUUAUAUGGCAAGCCCUGUCUGGUUCUACACUUUCUCGUCCUGUUCUGGGUCUUUUGAUGAACAUGUUUGACGAUGUAUCGGUCUCAGUCUUGAUUGCUAAUCAUACCUCUGCUGCUUUCUCUCCUGUUACUGGUGUACUUCAAGGCUCAGUACUCAGUCGUCCUCAUUUGUAUUUGUUGUAUAUCAACUCCUUACCGAAUCUUUUGCGUUCUGUUGAUACUGGUGCUACGAUAGUCAAUCCUCCUGGUGCUAGUCGUCCUAUUGCCAUCAAUAGCUUGCUCUUUGCCGAUGAUGUUGCUAUCUUUGAGUCUUUGUCCGGUGUCCAGUCUAUGUUGGAUCUUGCUGCUGAGCACUCUGUCUGUCUUGGUUAUAGGUGGAAGCCAUCUAAAUGUGCUGUGCUCGGUUCUCCUGCUGCCCUCUCUGAUGCUCGUCUUACUCUCUACAAUGAGCCGCUGCCGGUGGUAGAUGAGUUUGUGUAUCUCGGUAUGCCAUUUCGAUAUAAAGGGCUACAUGCUCCUAGUAUUAUCUUGUCUCUGCGGUCCGCUGGUGCUGUCAAGGUUAUGGCUCUGCUGAACUCUGUUGGUGUCAACCGUAAUGGUUUCUCUCUGCUGCUCUGUUCUCGUCUAUACAAGGCUUUCGUUAGACCCAAGGUUGAGUAUGGCCUCGCUAUAUCUCAUCUUGAAUAUCGUACCUUUGAGGCUCUUGACAAGUUCCAAAACCGGCUGGUUGGUAUGUUUGUGGGUGGUUCCUGGUUCAACGUUGCUAAGCACAUUACCUGUCUCCCUUCAAUGAAACAUCGGUAUAAUGUCUUGGCAACUAGGUAUGCUCUUCGUUCUGCUACUCUACCUGAGGAUAGUCUUGUGGUGGUUCUGCGUGGUGCUCUGUCGUACACUCGACUGGAUCGGUACAUCUGUGAAAACAGUUUGUAUAGAUCCCUGCCUGACCCUGUCCCUUCAUUUGCUGGUCUCAAGGCUCACUUCUCUGACUUCUGGCAAGAUCAGGUGGAUCAACAACUGGCUGCUGCUGCUGCUACUACUGGUAAACAUGUCCUGCUUCGUGCGUGCCGUCCUUCUGUCUCUCGCCCUGAUCCCAUACUGUACUUACCUAUUGGUCGAUCUGCUCGUAGUCGUUUGGUUCGUUGGCGUCUUGGUCGUUUUGCAAACAUGCGUGAGGAAUGUCCCUGCAUGGAUGGAUCUUUCAUCUCUCGAAAUCACUUCCCUCAAUGUCGUGCUUUGGAUCGUGAUCUGUGGGAUGCUCUGCCUGCUGCUCCUCCUGGUGUACAUGUCAUUGACAAUGCCCUCAACCUGCUGCUUAUAAGUGGUUCUGCUGGUCCUCCAAUAUACUGGUCUGCGUUACUAUCUUUGCUUCAUGCAAUCGACUGUCUGGUCCACCCUUUGGCUACUAUCGCUCCUCCUGAUCCUGAUCCCGGAUCAUUGUGGUUCUAUUAUCCUCUCUCUCAUAGCUAA